GAUUUGCAUAUCAUUUAUAUACUACCAUCCCUUUGCCAUACCAUAUCUUAAAUUUAUCCUCUGCCAACGUUUUGAUUCAGUCCCAUAAACAGUAGAAAAGUGACAGAAUAAAAAAAGCCACCCAACAACAUCAAUGUCUCUCUAUAUAUUAAUAUGAUUUCAGAAACACCAGAUUUAAAUUCCCAACAGACCAGCCUUUUGCCUUUUCCUCAUUCAUACAUUAUUUCCCCCUCUUUUUUGCACCUUCCCUUGCUUGCUAGUUCCAACAACUCGAUGCCUCCUUUCAUAAGUUUCCUUUAUUCUCCUUUCUCUGUUUCCAUCUCUCUUCGAUCCAAGGAAGCUUUGAUUCUUAAUGUUUUAAUUUGUUUAUUAUUAUUAUUAUUUUUAUAUAACAAGUAUAAGGAUGAUUACUAGACUUUUCUUUGCAGUACCUCCAUUGGCCCUCGUCUUUGUUUUAUUAUAUAAAUACCUAUUAGCUUCUACAUUAUUGUUCUUACUAAACAAGAUUUUCAAAACCCUCUAUUAUACAAGCAGAUUCAAGACAUGGAUUUUGGACUUGUUCAGUUCCUUACUAUCCUUCUCUUGCAUCUUCUCCUAUGUUCAGGUUCAAGUGUUUCAAAGAAACCCCCUCUCCAAGAAAUCAAUCAGAGAAAACAAAACCAAGAUUCCCGGAUGCUCCUGGACCCUUCAAUAUCCACUACAGUACUAGAUAAUGUUCCCAUUGUCAAUCCUACAACUCCUGGCACAACUCCAAACCCAACAUCCCCAUCAACAGAACCGAUCACCAACCCGGUAACCCCAGUCACAACUCCGACAGCACCAGUUACAACUCCGACAACCCCAACCCCGACUCCUACAACAUCAUCAGGAGGUUCCUGGUGUGUUGCAAACCAAGGUGCUUCACCAACUGCUCUACAGGUAGCUCUAGACUACGCUUGCGGAUACGGCGGUGCGGACUGCUCAGCAAUUCAACCCGGUGCAAGUUGCUAUGAACCCAAUACAGUUCACGAUCAUGCGUCUUAUGCUUUCAAUGAUUACUACCAGAAGCACCCUGAACCAACAAGCUGUGUUUUUGGAGGCACUGCUCAGCUUACAAAUACAGACCCAAGUAAUGGUAACUGCCAUUAUGCAGCAUCCUCGCCAACCAGUGUGACUCCACCUGCCAGCAUAACACCUCCAGCCACUCUACCGCCACCGGCUCCGACUACCAUGACCAUGACCCCACCCUUUCCGAUGAGCCCACCUUUUACCGGAGCAGGUGGGGAUUCAGUUUAUGGUUCAGCAGAGCCAACAGGACUCCCAAGCUCAGCCAGCUGUGUGUCAUUCAGCUACUUGCUGAUCUUUGCCACAAUGUCACUUGUUGCUGCAAACAAACUCUAGAUACAAAGGAAGACACUUUCAGUUACUUUACCAUGACUGAAUUGCAAUUCCUUUGGCUUGACAACAGAGUUCAGAGACUCUCAGCAGACCUUGAGAAUCCACAAUGAAACCCAUAUUCUCACCGUUAAGAUCUAUAUAUACUGCUAUACUUUUUGAUCUAUGUAUACAUAGAAACUGAUAAAAGAAAAGAAAAAAACAAAGAAACGAGAAUAGAAUCUCUUAGGUUCUAGUACUCAUAGAUAAGUUAAGAAUAUGAUAGCUGCUUUCUCAAAAUGAUAGUUAGCUGCAGAAUAAAAUUGUUGAAGAUGCCCCUCUGCCCUAGGAAUUUAUGCUUUUUCAGUAAUGGAAACUGUCUCGUACUUUAAGCUAGUCCAUGAUAAUAGAUUUUUACUUCCUUUCUAAA